GUUAAUGCAAAAACAACCUCUAAAACUGAUAUAAACUCCAUCCACUUAUGUCACCAAAACUCCUGAAAAAGCGAUUAACACAUCACCUUUCAAAGGAUACAGUGUACAAUAGAUGAAAUUAUUUCCAUUAGUAUAGCGACAAACAGUAGAUGACUCCAAUUAAAUACAAUGUGGGAUACCCCCAAGUUCAGCAAACCAUAAACCAAAAUAUAUAGCCUCAAUUUCCAUAUUAUGAGAACACUUCACCAUUUCGUUAAGAAUCUAGGGAACAACUGUUUUAAAGGAUUUAUAAUUUGGAGGAUAAUCUAAGGGUGAUCUCUAAGAGAUAUGAAUAAUUGAAGGAGGAAUAAGAGAAGGAGAGGAUGAAGAAAUGCGAGACCGAUCGAAGUUAUACUCAAUUAUAAUAAAAAUGUUAGGAGUAACUAUUGUGUUAUUGAGAGUAGUUAAGAGAAGGAAUUUCAGAAAUAUCAACAGUAGGCUAAGUUAAAUGAAGCGAAAUAUAAAUAGAUCUCGAGUUAACUUUAAGAGUUUAAGGAAAAGUUGAAUGCGAAAGACAAUGAGAUUUUAGAGUAGAAAACAGUGUAGGAGAAAUUCUAAAAGAUAUUAAAAUAGAAGGAGAAGGAGAUCAACGAUUUGAAAUUGAUGUUGAAGUAAGAAAAGGAUCUUAGGUCAUUUGAAAACGAGAAGCUUAUUUAAGAGUUCACUUAGACUUACAGUGAGUUGAGUCUGUAGAAUGAUUAAUUAAUUCAGGAGAACGACGAAUUGAAGACAGCAAUCUUAGAGUUCGAUAAUUAAGGUCGAUCAUUGUCUUCUAAGAAGCAAUCAGAACAGAAUUUUUAGACGAAUACAGAUUUCUUGGACGAUCCAGAAUUAAGACAAAUUGUACACGAAUACUUAUCUAAAAAUGAUGAGUAUUAUUUAAAUCAGAUACCUGAGAAAUAGCUUAGGACUGCUGUGUAAAUUAUUAAGGAUGUAUUUUAAACAGUUACGGCCAGAAAAUUGAAGGAAAUCAAAUCAUAAUAAUUUUAACAGCCUAAAUAAAUCAGUGAAGAAAUUGAAAUCAAUUUAUAGGAGGUAAGGAAGAAGAGAGAGUUUCUAAUAAAGGAGAUCAAGUAGAAAUUGGAAAGGGUUGUCAAAUCAAAAGUAUAGAUUUAUUAUGAUGAUAUAAGGAAUUCAAUUUGAUGGAAUUCAAUGAUUUACAAAGAGAGAUGGAGGAACUUAAAAAAGAGUUAGGUUCUGUGGAGAAUUUGAUUUAACAGAUGGAGUAAUCACUAUUGUUGAAUCCACAUCGAAAUAGUUGUGUCUCUUUUGAUAAUGAGGAGUUUUAAUGAGG